ACAAGUGUUUGUAUAUGAAGGAAAGGAGUCGUGUCCGUGACAAACAAAGUUGGAAAAAUGAAGGCUGUAGUGAUAACCACACCGGGAGGCCCCCAAGUGCUGCAGCUCCAAGACGUGGAAGACCCCCACCUCGGCGACGGCGAAGUCCUUAUCAGAGUCCACGCCACCGCCCUUAACAGAGCCGAUACCCUUCAAAGGAAAGGCGCUUACCCUCCCCCUAAAGGUGCAAGCUCCUACCCAGGUCUUGAGUGCUCCGGCACCGUUGAAUCCAUCGGCAAACACGUUUCCCGGUGGAAAAUCGGCGAUCAGGUUUGUGCUCUUCUUGCUGGAGGUGGAUAUGCUGAGAAAGUUGCUGUUCCUCAGGAACAGAUUCUUCCGGUUCCGCCUGGGGUUUCUUUGACGGAUGCAGCUAGUUUCCCUGAGGUUGCAUGCACUGUGUGGUCUACUAUUUUCAUGAUGAGUCGCCUCACUCAAGGAGAAACCUUGUUGAUUCAUGGAGGUUCCAGUGGAAUUGGUACAUUUGCAAUUCAGAUUGCCAAGUAUCGCGGAGCAAGAGUAUUUGUCACUGCAGGUAGUGAGGAGAAACUAGCUUUUUGUAAAGGUAUAGGAGCUGAUGUGGGUAUCAACUACAAAACUGAGGACUUUGUUGCGAGGGUAAAGGAAGAAACUGGUGGUCAAGGUGUUGAUGUUAUUCUUGAUUGUAUGGGAGCAUCCUACUAUAAAAGAAAUCUUGAUAGCUUAAACUUUGAUGGAAGGCUUUUUAUUAUUGGCUUUCAAGGGGGGACUUCUACCGAAGUAGAUCUCCGGCCUUUAGUUGCCAAGCGUCUUACUGUACAAGGGGCUGGCUUGCGUAACAGAAGUAUUGAAAAUAAAGCUGUGAUAGUUACUGAAGUGGAGAAGAACGUUUGGCCUGCAAUUGCAGAAGGAAAGGUUAAGCCUGUGAUCUACAAAUCUUUCCCACUUUCUGAAGCAGCUGAGGCUCACCAGCUUAUGGAAAGCAGCCAUCAUAUUGGGAAGAUAUUGCUUUUGACAUGAAAACUAUCCUAAAUACCCAAGUACAUGACAUGUUUCUGGAUCAUUUGAGUCUGUCCAUGUGUCAUGACCACAGUUCUCUAAUAAGAAGUAUGUUAUUAUGUACUAGAGAUCCAAGCCGUGUAUACUGUAUACUUAAUCUUCUUUUUGUUUUGGUUUGACUGAGAUUGUCUUUCACUGCUUGUUUAAAACUUGAAUUUGCUUUGUUUGGGAGUGAAUUGAGGGAGCAGAAUCAAAGAAUGAAAAAUGAAAGGUAGAAUUUCAAA